GAUUCAGUUUGGUGGGGCUGAUCACCUUCCUUUUGUCAGAAUUCUCCCUGUCACACUCCCUCACCCACUAUCAAAUUCAAUUCUAACACACAAUACAUAUAACCGGAAAUAAUUAGAGCAAUCAAUCCCAAAACAUUGCCUCCUUUUUCAUUUUCACAUUGUUUCUACCAGCUUAGCUACCUCUCUUUCAAUUUUCAAAACAAAAAGAACCCUUCUUUUCCCUUUAAAUUAUUCCUUUGUUUUCUUGCUUUGAUCUCUUUCCUUUCCCUAGAUGAAGACAAUCAUGGCUGCUAAAACCCCUCAAGACUCAUUCUCCUUCUCCCGCAGAUACUUCCACUGGAAAAACAAGCCCUCCCAAGACCACGACGACGAAAUGCAAGAAAUCCUCAACUUCCCCUCCAAAUCGGAAGACUUCAAGAUCUUCCCAAUGCAGCAGCAAUCCGCCAGGGCCCGGAAAAAGAUAUCCGUCCUGGCCAUCUCCAAGCUGCGGGCCGCCCUCGCGCUGGGCCGGGCCCGGUCUCCCUUCUCUUCUGGUCGGGUCGUGGGCACCCUCUUCGGGCAGCGGCGCGGCCACGUCCGCUUCGCCUUCCAGGAGGAUUUCAAGGCGGCGCCGGCGUUUCUCGUGGAGCUGGCGACGCCGACGAGCGCGCUCGUGAAGGAGAUGGCGUCCGGACUCGUCAGGAUCGCGCUGGAGUGCGAGAAGCGGGCCGAGAAGAAGUGCGCGAAGCUUCUGGAAGAGCCCGCUUGGCGGACCUACUGCAACGGGAAGAAGUGCGGCUACGCGAUGCGGCGCGAGUGCGGCCCGGACGAGUGGAGGGUGCUCAACGCAGUGGGGCCCAUCUCCAUGGGCGCCGGCGUCAUCCCCGGCGACGGCGAGAUGAUGUAUAUGAGGGCCAAAUUCGAGAGGGUUGUGGGGUCCAAAGAUUCGGAAGCUUUCUACAUGAUGAAUCCGGAAGGAAAUGGAGGCCCGGAGCUUAGCAUUUACUUGCUCAGAGUUUGAAGAUCGAAUUGGGGGAAAAUUCAGUUUCUUAAUUUGUUGUACUAGUAGUUUAAUUGGAUUGGGUGGUGGUGGAGGAGGAGGUAUAAUUAGGUAAAGAUAGUAAAGAAUGGAGCGGUGGGAUUGGGAAUGGUAUAGUUUGUUAAUAUGUUGGGGUUUUACUGCUUAUUUAAGAUUAUGAUUUGCAGUAAUUUGUUUUUGUCUGCUAUUUUAGAUGAGUAAUUUUAUCGAACAUCUUGUGUGCUCGUUUCAAUGUAGAUUAAGGAAAUGAAGAAGAAAUGGCAAUGA